GACCGACCUCUCGUUCCCCUUCCUUCCACUUUGCUAAACCUAGCUGCAGCGCACCCUCUCAUUCCCCUCUCCGCCGCAAACCGGCCGACCGGACCACCGUAGGAAGCUUCACACCCCCGGCGGCAAUGACUUUCAAGCGGAGGAACGGAGGCCGCAAUAAGCACGGCCGCGGCCAUGUCAAGUUCGUUCGUUGCUCCAACUGUGGAAAGUGCUGCCCUAAGGAUAAAGCCAUCAAGAGGUUUCUUGUAAGAAACAUUGUGGAACAAGCCGCUGUCAGGGAUGUCCAGGAAGCUUGUGCCUUUGAUGCAUACACUCUUCCCAAGCUCUAUUUGAAGGUGCAGUAUUGUGUUUCAUGUGCAAUUCACUCCAAGGUUGUUAGGGUCCGCUCUCGUGUUGAUAGAAGGAAGCGUGAGCCUCCAGUGCGCAACAUCAACAGACGCCCAAUGGACAAUGCUGGUCCUAAGCCGCCUGGUCAAGGUGUGCCACGUGCUGCCGGAGCUCCUCCACCUGCUGCUCGUGCCUAAGCUAGCCGCUUCCUUCAUGGGUGAUAUCUUUUUGUUUUCCCUUUGUACCCUUGCCUGUCUUUUUACUCCAAUGACUUGUCAUGCCAACACCAUCUAGCAAAACCUCAUGUUUGAAGUUUUCUUUUUUCAAGAAGUUGAAAGGUGAAGGUUAUUGUUAUUGUCUCAUUAUUUUAUAUCAAAAAAUUUGCAGUAUUUGGUUUCUUGUCCUUCCAUUUUUUUCGUUUGGACUUUUUAUGCUCCAUUAAUGGCGAUGUUUAAGUAUGUACUCCGUAUUCUUACAUCUUUGUGUACUUGUUUCUUUUGAUUCUUUGCGGUUAAAUUUGAUAAACUUCUUUCUAUUGU